AUGGUGACGAGCGGCGGCAGGGCCAAGGUAGCCAUGGCGGCUCGGUCCAUCUUAUCCGCCGCGGCUGUGAAUAUAUUCCUCCUGUUGGUUCUCCCUCGAGUCUCACACGCCCAGAUCUUCUCCUUUCCAUUCCUGCAGCCGGAGUCGUGCGACCACAACCAGUACUUUGAUAUCUCCGCGCUGUCCUGUGUGCCGUGUGGAGCCAACCAGAGGCAGGAUGCCCGAGGAACUUCAUGUGUGUGUUUACCAGGAUUUCAGAUGAUCUCUAAUAAUGAAGGACCUGAUAUUACUUGUAAAAAGUGCCCGGAAAACAUGAAAGGUGUUACUAAAGAUGGCUGGAAUUGCAUUUCUUGCCCUGGUGGUUUAACUGCAGAAGGAAAAUGCCACUGUCCUACAGGCCAUAUUUUAGUGGAAAGAGAUGUUAACGGAACAUUGUUGUCUCAAGCAACUUGUAAGCUCUGUGAUGAAAAUGAAAACUCUUUUACAGUAGCAAAUGCUUUAGGAAACAGAUGUGUCCGAUGUGAGCCAACAUUCAUCAAUACCAACAGGUCCUGUGUGUGUUCAGAGCCGAACAUUAUAACAGGGGGAUUAUGUUUCAGCAACACACUGAAUUUUCCUUCACGUGUAAUUUCAUCUGCCCGUUAUGGAGAACUUGGUAUGUCUUUCACUUCAGAAUGGUUUGCAAAGUAUUUGCAGUCAUCAGCAGCUGCUUGUUGGGUGUAUGCCAAUCUAACAUCUUGCCAAGCUCUCGGAAAUAUGUGUGUGAUGAACAUGAAUUCUUAUGACUCUGUCACUUUUGAUGCAUGCCGACUGUUUCAGUUUAUCUUUGAAAAUACUGCUGGACUGCGCACUGUUCAUUCUAUUUCAUUUUGGAGACAGAAUCUUCCAUGGCUGUUCUAUGGAGACCAGCUAGGAUUAGCACCUCAAGUACUCAGCACCACACCUCUUCCUACAAAUUUCAGUUUUAAAGGAGAAAGCCAGAAUAGAAAACUGAAAUUUAUUGCUGCCUCCUAUGAUGUAAGAGGAAAUUUUCUGAAGUGGCAGACUUUAGAAGGAGGUGUUUUACAGCUUUGUCCAGACACAGAAACAAGACUGAAUGCUGCUUAUUCUUUUGGAACAACCUAUCAACAAAAUUGUGAGAUUCCUAUCUCUAAGAUCUUAACCGACUUUCCCUCUCCUAUAUUUUAUGAUGUGUACCUUGAAUAUACUGAUGAAAAUCAACACCAAUAUGUUUGGGCUGUGCCUGUGUUAAACCUAAAUCUUCAACACAAUAAAAUAUUUGUAAACCAAGACAGUAGCUCUGGCAAGUGGCUUCUGACUCGGCGCAUUUUCUUAGUGGAUGCACUAAGUGGACAAGAAAACGACCUAGGAAGUCAGCCAAAAUUAAUUAGAAUUGCUACCCAAAUAUCACUGAGCAUCUAUCUUGUACCCGGUACAAAAAAUGGAAACAUUUACCCUCCCUUAAUUACCAUUGCCUACAGUGACAUUGAUAUCAAAGAUCCCAACAGCCAGUCUGUGAAGAUUGCUUUGGGUGUUUUGGGUGGGCUGGCUGUAUUAUCAUCUCUUCUGAAGACAGCAGGAUGGAAGAGGCGCAUUGGGAGUCCCAUGAUUGAUUUACAGACAGUUAUGAAAUUCUUGGUGUACUAUGCUGGUGAUCUGGCCAAUGUUUUCUUUGUCAUCACUGUGGGAACAGGUCUUUAUUGGCUUAUUUUCUUCAAAGCACAGAAAUCUAUCUCUGUUCUGCUGCCAGUGCCAGCUCAGGAAGAACGUCUUGUUACUUAUGUGGGAUGUGCUUUUGCUCUGAAGGCUCUGCAAUUUUUGCAUAAGCUUAUGUCCCAGAUUACCAUAGAUAUAUUCUUUAUUGAUUGGGAGCGACCUAAAGGGAAGGUUCUGAAAGCUGUUGAAGGUGAGGGCGGUGUUCGCAGUGCCACGGUUCCUGUGAGCAUAUGGAGAACGUAUUUUGUAGCCAAUGAAUGGAAUGAAAUUCAAACUGUGAGAAAAAUUAAUCCACUCUUCCAAAUACUUGCUGUCCUCUUUUUUUUGGAGGUUAUAGGAUUCAAGAACUUAGCAUUAAUGGACUCAUCCUCUAGUCUUUCCAGAAGCCCUCCUAGCUAUAUAGCUCCUUAUAGCCGCAUUUUAAGAUAUGCAGUGGCUACUGCUCUUUGGCUAGUCAUUGGAAUUUUACAGAUCAUGUUCUUUGCUGUCUUUUAUGAGAGAUUUAUAGAAGAUAAAAUUCGACAAUUUGUGGAUUUAUGCUCUAUGAGCAAUAUAUCCGUCUUUCUGUUAUCCCACAAAUGUUUUGGAUAUUACAUUCAUGGUAGAUCGGUACAUGGGCAUGCAGAUACUAAUAUGGAAGAAAUGAAUAUGAAUCUUAAAAGAGAAGCGGAAAACUUGUGUAGCCAGAGAGGUUUGGUACCAAACACAGACGGUCAGACUUUCCAGAUUGCAAUUUCCAGCCAGAUGAGACAACACUAUGACAGAAUUCAUGAGACACUGACAAGGAAAAAUGGCCCUGCCAGACUAUUGAGUUCAUCAGCAAGUACAUUUGAGCAGAGUAUAAAAGCAUAUCAUACUAUGAAUAAAUUUCUUGGCUCUUUCAUCGAUCAUGUUCAUAAGGAAAUGGACUACUUUAUAAAAGAUAAAUUGCUUCUUGAAAGAAUUCUUGGAAUGGAAUUCAUGGAACCAAUGGAAAAAAGCAUCUUUUACAAUGAUGAAGGAUAUUCUUUCAGCAGUGUCCUGUAUUAUGGAAAUGAAGCCACUCUUCUUAUUUUUGAUAUGCUGUUCUUCUGUGUUGUGGAUUUGGCUUGCCAAAAUUUUGUUCUAGCAGCCAUCCUUACAUACCUACAACAAGAGAUUUUUAGAUUUAUACGUAAUACAGUAGGACAGAAGAAUUUGGCAUCCAAAACAUUGGUGGAUCAAAGAUUUCUGAUUUAAUUUUUUAAAAGACAAUAUAGUUGUGGCAAAAAGAGUCAUGAUCAUCAGGUCAGUUUGCCAACGUUUUUAAAACUUUUAAUACAAAUUAUUCUAUUUUUAUUUGUUUUCUAAUCUAAAGAAAUAUUUAUUUUUAUAACUUGUGGAUACAUAACUUCUUUGUGAAUAUAUAAUGUGAUAUAAUGAAAAAUAUUGUUUUCCCAUUUGUGGUGGUAUUUAAUUCACCAACUCAUAAAUUAGAUAAACUGAUAACAGGGCAAAAGAAAUCUAAAUGUCGUAGGGGCACCUGGGUGGUUCAGUCAGCUAAGUGCCUACUUUGGCUCAGGUCAUGAUCUCCCUGCAUU